AUGGGCAAGAAUUUCUGUUUGUUUAUGCCACUUCUUGAUAUAUUAGGCAGCACAAUUGAUGAGCAUUACUGGAAUCUUCAUAAAGAAACAAGCUCAAGUGCAGGCAGGAAAAGAAGAAUACCUGAUUUUGUGUUUCUUGCACACGGUGUGGAUGUUGUGUCAUCACUACAUGCUCCAUUCAUUUUUCGUUCAUUCAGUUCAAAGCCUUUCUCUACGAGGUUCUUUUUACUUCCAUUGUGGCCUAUCUCAUUGCUGGUAAUACCUACAAUGUGGGCCUUUGCUAAGACUUUCCCUGUGAGUUUCUAUGAGCUUAAGGGGAGGCUGUUCCAGUUGUGGGCUGUCCCAAGGUUUGGUUUCCAGUACUUCUUACCGUUUGCUGCAGAGGGAAUAAAUAAGCACAUUGAAGAUGCCAUACUUAGAGCUGAUAGACUUGGUGUCAAAGUAAUUAAUCUUGCUGCAUUAAAUAAGAAUGAAGCUCUAAAUGGGGGCGGAGCACUUUUUGUCAGCAAGCAUCCCAAACUUAGAAUUCGAGUAGUCCAUGGAAACACCUUAACAGCAGCUGUGAUUCUCAAAGGAAUUCCUCAAGAUGUAACGGAGGUCUUUGUGUCGGGUUCCACUUCUAAACUUGGAAGGGCAAUUGCGAUCUAUCUAGCUCGACGCAGAGUUAGGGUCCUGAUGCUAACGAAGUCCACGGAGAGAUUCACAACUAUUCAGAAGGAAGCCCCAGUGGACUGCCAGAACUUCCUAGUUCAAGUCACAGAGUAUCAAGCAGCUAAACAUUGUAAGACAUGGAUCAUCGGUAAAUGGACUACUCCGCAGGAGCAACGUUGGGCCCCUCCAGGGACACAUUUCCAUCAGUUUGUGGUUCCAACUAUUAUUUCCUUUCGGGGAGACUGCACUUAUGGUUCGCUUGCAGCCAUGAAACUUCCUGAUAAUGUGGAGGGGCUUGGCAUGUGUGAGUACACACUGGAAAGAGGGGCUGUUCAUGCCUGCCAUGCCGGAGGAGUUGUUCACUUACUUGAAGGCUGGACUCACCAUGAAGUCGGUGCUGUGGAUGUUGAUCAGAUUGAUGUUGUCUGGGAGGCAGCACUAAGGCAUGGCCUUAAGCCAUGCUAGUACUUCUACAUUUCGAAUCCAAUCCUUAUCUAUCGGAUUGUUUUACUUGGUAAUAAUUAUCAUGUUAUCUAUAACAGAAUGUACCACUAUAAGAAAUAAGCACUCAUCCUAUAGUGCUUUCAUUGAGUGUGAUGUAUGCAGAGACAUAAUUGUAAUAUAUAACAUAUUCGAUGUCAGUCUACAAAGCAAAUUAUCUUUUCAAACAUAAGCGGAGAGAGCAAGGCAUUACAAGGCUACAAGAACAAUGACCAAACCGGGUCAUUUUACACUUCUCUUGGAUGCCAUAUCAGUAAGAAACUUGUCCAGAGUUCAAGCAAUUUUCCAUUUUUAGAAACUGAACUCUUGUCCAAAGUU